AUGGGUGUUGGAAUUGGUAUUGUAGCUAAAUAUAGUCGAUAUCAUGAUAUUUUUCGACAAUCAGUAGGCUUAGCUGGUUAUAAUAUUGUUAUUGGAUUUUUUAGUAUUGCAGUUGGAAUACUAGGUAUAGUUGUCAUCGUGCGACAACAUUCUGGUCUAAGUAAAAUUGCUGCUCUUGCUGCAUUUAUCUUGGGUGUCUUAGCAUUGGUAUCAAUUAUUGUUGGGCUUGUUCUUAAUUCUCAAGCAAUUGGUUAUAUAAAAUCACGUUUAUCAUAUCGUAUGAAUUCAUAUAUUGAAGAUCAAACUUCUAUUGAUGUAAUAGAUGACGUUCAAUCGAAAUAUGAAUGUUGUGGUGAGAACUUAUGGCUUGAUUGGGCACGUUCUCAACUAGGUUCACUACCUACAGGAGGAGGCUCAAGUGUAAUAGUCAAUCCGGGCAUUGGUACGUAUAAUAAUACAGAUAUGGAGCUGAUAUCGAUACUGUUUUCAGCAUAAAUACUGUCAUGAGCAUCGAUAUAGGUAUCCUUAUGG